AUGACUUAUGGGGGGCUAAAGUAUGGCAAAAGAGCAAAAAUGGAGGAGAUGAAAGAAUGGAGAAGUGUGGAAAAAGGAGGUGGAAUCCGAGCAGCAGUCACGGCGAACAGUAAUUUCGGUGAACAGUGCUCCGGUGAACACUCGACCUUUAUUAUAGUGGCUGCAGUGGAUGAUAGUAGAGUAAGGUCAUGUCCUCAAGGGGGAGGAGGGGUGGGAGGUAGGAAGAGGGUUAAGGGCGGAAAGGGAGCGGCUAGGCUGAGAAUUGGGUCCUGGAACAUUGGCACCCUGACGGGGAAGUCUAUAGAGUUGGCGAAGAUUCUUAAGAAGAGGAAGAUCAACAUAGCAUGCGUCCAAGAGUCUAGAUGGGUGGGAGAUAGGGCCCGGGAUGUAGAUGGGUUUAAGUUGUGGUUCUCAGGAGGCCCUAAGGGCAAGAAUGGAGUUGGCAUUCUAGUUGAUAGAGAGCUCCGUGAUCUGGAGGUAGGGGUCAGGAGGGUGAGUGAUAGACUGAUGACUAUUAAGAUAGUAGUUGGAGGGCAUACUUUAAACAUGGUUAGUGCUUACGCACCGCAGGCGAGCCAGGAUGAGGAGAUCAAAAGGCAAUUCGGGGAGGAUUUGGACGAGGUUGUGCGAGGUUUUUCGCACUCAGAAAAGCUUUUUCUUGGUGGUGAUUUCAAUGGCCACAUCGGGUCGUCGGCUAGGGGAUACGAUGAUGUGUAUGGAGGCUUCGGGUUUGGGGAUAGAAAUGAGGGAGGUACGGCACUGUUGGAUUUCGCGGAGCUUUCGAUUUGGUGA